GGAAGCGAUCGCGUUCACAGCGUGCCUGUUGUUGGUACGAGUAUUGACAGUUCACCUAAAAUACCACGCAAAUUUAUUCGUUUUAACCAAAUAAAACUCAAGUAUCACGAUGUCCCAGGUUGUACCAGGACAGUUUGAUGACGCGGAGGAAACGGGAAGUGAUUUUGAAAUCGGUCACGUCCAUGACAAGCCUUUGCUGGAGAAUCCUAUUAAAGUUACUAAUGACAAGAAAGAUGAAAAUGAAGAGGACUAUGAAGAUGAUGAUGAUGAUGAUGAUGAUUGGGAUUGGAAUGAAUCAGGAGGAGACUUCACCAAGCGCUACACUUCAAUGAGGACUGGAUAUAAUCAGCAGGCUAAUCGACAGUGUUCUAAUAAUCAAUCUUCAAAAAUGUCCACUCCAUCUGACAAGGUCCUGAGAAAAUAUGAUAACAAAAUAAACCUGGAUAAAUUAACUUAUGCAGAUUCUGUGAUCAAUAAAGUGACUGUGAUGCAAAAACAGAGAGAAUCAGACACAUUUCGAGUGAAGGACAAAUCAGACCGGGCAACCGUUGAACAGGUUUUGGACCCCCGGACACGUAUGAUUCUGUUCAAAAUGCUCAGCAGAGGUGUCAUUACAGAGAUCAAUGGCUGUAUCAGCACAGGCAAAGAGGCGAACGUCUACCAUGCAACUACUGCCAAAGGAGAAAGCAGAGCCAUCAAAAUAUACAAGACUUCCAUAUUAUCAUUCAAAGACAGAGAUAAAUAUGUCAGUGGGGAGUUCAGGUUCCGCCAUGGCUACUGCAAAGGCAAUCCUAGGAAAAUGGUGCGUACUUGGGCAGAGAAAGAGAUGAGAAACUUGAUCAGACUACAGACGGCACAAAUUCCCAGUCCAGAGCCCAUCAUCUUGCGGAGUCACGUACUUGUCAUGAGCUUCAUUGGUCGAGAUGACAUGCCUGCUCCUCUGCUGAAGAAUGCUGUCCUGUCUGAAUCCAAAGCCCGGGAACUCUACCUACAAGUCAUCCAGAAUAUGAGGAUAAUGUACCAUGAUGCUCGCCUGGUCCACGCUGACCUUAGCGAGUUCAACAUGCUGUAUCAUAAUGGAGAUGCUUAUAUUAUAGAUGUGUCUCAGUCUGUUGAACAUGAUCACCCUCAUGCCUUGGAGUUUCUUCGCAAGGAUUGUAGCAAUGUAAAUGACUUCUUCCAGAAACAUAAUGUAGCGGUUAUGACUGUACGUGAGUUGUUUGAGUAUGUCACGGAUCCCUCCAUAACAAAUGACAACAUUAAUGAGUACAUUGAUAAGGCAAUGGAAAUAUCAUCUGAAAGAACUGCAGAAGAAAGAUCCAAUCAAGAUAAAGUUGAUGAGGAGGUGUUUAAGAAAGCCUACAUUCCACGAACACUCAAUGAGGUCGCCCAUUACGAGAGGGAUGUAGACAUCAUGUUGAAGAAAAAGGAGGAAGAAUCUUCUGAAAACACACAAAAUGAUAAUAUCCUUUAUCAGACAGUGACAGGACUCAGAAAAGAUCUUUCCGGUGUACAAACGGUACCCUCGAUAUUGCAAGACUCCGGAAAGGAUGACAGUUCGGGCUCUGAGGAAGAGGGGGAAGAUGAUGAUGAAGAUGAAUCGGGAGAGGAAGAUGCACAAGAGGGUGGCAGUAACAGUGAGGCAGCACCACUGGACAAAAAGGAAAGAAAGAAAUUGGUUAAAGAUGCCCAGAGGGAGAAAAGAAAAAAUAAGGUGCCUAAGCAUCUGAAGAAACGUAAGGAGAAAGUUUCUAAAAUGAAGAAAGGAAAAUGAGGUUUAUGAAGACAAAGAUAGAUGACUAAUAGAGGAGCGGUAUCCAAAUUAAAUCAGGCUCUGGGACUU